GGUGCUAGCUCUCACCCAGAAGAGGUUUAAAGCUACAUUUUCUCUGGGAUCUGAAGUGUGGGAUGGCUUGCUGGGGGUUGGGGGGAUUCAUCUGCCUCAAUUCUGGAGACUUUGAAAGGUGUUGGCAUAGAGCGUAGACGGCGUGCAGGUCUAUGACCUAGGCCCUGUGGCCGAGUAUCGGCCACAAUGACCUCUUUACCCUGUUCCCUUCCUGGCCGCGAAGCCUCCAACGUAGUCUUCCCGGACCUCGCCCCCACCCCGUCGGUAGUGGCUGCCUACCCGCUUGGCCUGUCCCCCGAAACCGCAGCUUCCCCCGAUUUGUCCUACUCCCAGCCUUAUGGUCAUCUCCUGCCCUAUUCCUACCCUGAGCCAGCAACCCCAGGAGACGCCUACCUGCCCAGCCAGCAACUCUCGGCGGCGUGGUCUCAGCCCUUCCACCCGCCAGUUGAGCACCCUCAGGAACUUGAAACAGGUAAAGAUUGGUUUCAGAACAAAGGCUCCAAACAGAAGAAACUCCUGCAACAGAACUCUGGAGAGCAGGAAGAAGACUUCUCUGGGAGACCCUCUCCCUGCUCCCCAAAUCUUUCAUCCCUCUGGGGUCUACUCAAGGCAGGCGCCCUGCCUACCAGUGGCCAUGGCAAUGGCUUCAGAGCCUGGUAUCAGCUCCCCAGAUGUGCGGCUUCUGCCUCAGAUGCUAUGAGUCUAGAAAAGGGGCUGGUUAGGCUCCAACCCUCCUGUCAAGCCCAGGACAUCGCACCUGCUCUCCUUCUGGGGGGAGAGGAAACCAGCUCCAGAUGGAUUUUCUCAAGACAAGAAGCAAAAUGAGAAAAAAGAACAGAGUUGGGGUCUGGAUCUCCAAGCCAGAUAGCUAAAUCAAAGGCUUUAAUCUUUAAUCUGUCCCCAGUGCUACCAUGGACUGGACAUCUCCUCCCUCUGGCAGGACAAAGACUUUAGAGAGCGGCACUGGCUAGAGUUUAGACUGCGAUGGUCUUGCCUCUCCCCCCUCUUCAAAUGACUGCAGCCCCACCACAGCCUAGGAUCUAAGCCAGGAAGAAAACAAAUAUUAUUUCUGGCCCGCACCUUGGGCCCUACCAGCCCGUCCAUGAACAAAUCCAGAAGUGGACACAGUCUCUGUUGUCGGCCAUAAAGCCUCUGUUUUUCAUCUACCAGUUAUCAGUGAUGGUCAGCCCAUUACCUCCCUAGCUGGAGGUGCGGUCCAGUGGUAGAGUAAGUGCUUAACAUGUAAGAGGCCCCAGCACCAAAACAAAAAUAUGGAGUGUUGGCCUGGCGGUGGUGGUGCACGCCUUUAAUCCCGGCACGCGGGAGGCAGAGACAGGCGGAUUUCUCUUGAGUUUGAGGCCUGGUCUAUAGAGUGGGUUCCAAAGCUACACAGAGAACUCCUGUCUUGGGGAUGGGGGUGGGAAGAGUAUUAGCCUGUGGGCAAUUUGUGCUUCUUUUCAGUGGUCCUCUACUUCUAUACCUAUCCAUUUUGAGUUGAUAAGUCCUGGGUUAAAUCAACAGGGGUGGAUUAAGAGCCUAGGCCCACUACCUUCCAUCCUGGAUACUAACGAGUUCACCUGCUCAUGUUCUUGGAAGCCCAGGGGAAGAAACGGGACAGAUUCUCUGGAUCAUUGCAGGCAUAGCUGCCUCCAGAUAAUGGGGUGGGCUUGACACUUCAGCUCCUCACGGUUGCCUCGACCCAAGGUACUGUUCCAAUUCACCAUUAUUCUGUCCAGCAUCCCCAGGGUCUUGCCAUCUCUCAAAUCACAAGCUUUAGAGAUUAAAAUGUAUACAAAAAACAG